GCGGCGGCUCCGCGCAGAGGGGCGGCCAAACCGCGGCGGACGGGCCUGCGCCGGAGCCGCUCCCCGCGCAGGAGCCGCGGGCGCUGCGCUAUGGGCAGGAGGAGCCGGCGGGCAGCCGACAGCUCGUCCUCGGCAGACGAGGAGGAAUAUGUGGUGGAGAAGGUGCUGGAUCGGCGCGUGGUGAGGGGCCAGGCCGAGUACCUGCUCAAGUGGAAGGGCUUCUCCGAGGAACACAACACGUGGGAGCCCGAGAAGAACCUGGACUGCCCCGAGCUGAUCUCGCAGUUCCUGCGCAAGGACCGCAGGAUGAGGGACGGGGACAGCGGGACACGGCCCCGGGAACGCCCCGAGGGCGCCAAGAGGAAGGGGCUGCCCGGGAACGGCAACGGCAGCGACGACGGCCGGGCCAAGAAGAAGAGGGAGGUGAGGAGGGGACGUGGAGGGGGGGAU